UUUCUCGCAGCUUCUGGAUUAAAGUGCUACCAAUGUGGUCCCAGUACGACAAGUUUGGCGGACUGUGCUAAGAGUCAAAAUGAGCUGGAUUGCAAGGGAUCUGAACCGCGCUGUUUCACAUUGACCACGGAAUUUAAAGUCGGCUCUCAGGAAUCGAAAUCAUACACAAAAUCCUGCACUACCAAAGCUGUGUGUGAUGUGGCAAACUCGGGAGUUUUAAAACCUUGCAAAGAUGCAGGUGGUAAAUGCGAAUACAAGUGCUGCGAUAAAGACCUCUGCAACGGUGACAACAGCCCUGUCAACAGUGGUUCCACGCCUAUAGUCAGCAUCAUCCUAAUGGUGUCAUGCGCCUCUGUGGGCUUCUUCUGCUUCUUCUAG